AUGUGCUUAUACUGCUGUUGCACUGUAUCAGAUCUGAUACUCUAUAUAAUAGCAUUUUUUCUACCACCCGUUGCAGUAAUUUUUAGGUCGGGGCUCUGCUCAUCUGAUCUAUUGCUAAAUGUUUUGCUUACUUUACUAGGUGUUGUACCAGGUAUGCUGCACGCUUUCUAUUAUAUUACUGUCACAAGUCCACUGAGGAGGGAUGAAGAGUACGCUUUUUACUAUCAGAGAGGUUGGGCAGACAGUGAAAGACAAGCAGGAGCUUCCCAUAGGAGGCAACAUAAUCAGAGCGCCACUGCUUCUAGGAAUGAAGGCUACGGUAGUAUACAACCUCCACAAAUCCAGGCUCCCACCAGUAUGGAUAAUGGUAACUCAUCCUCAAAUGACAAAAAUGGACAUUCUAACGCUCCACCACCAUACAGUGAAAUUCCAUAA